CUUUUGUUGGUCGCCCAUUUUUUCAUCUGGGAAUCUGGGGGCCCGUCAAAUCCCUGGAACUUUUGCUAUUUCUGGUGGUCUCUGGAGACGAUUGAGCGGAAAGUUGGGAUUUUGGCGGGGAAUUUGCUUUGUUGGUCAAAGAAUUUAGGGUUUGUAGAUUUUGUUUGGGUUUCUUGGAUAAGAGAGUUGGAAUAGAACCGGUGCUUCUCCGUUUAUCCCACAUUCGGGUUCGAUUGGAAGUGGGUGCAGAAGGUAUUGGUUUUGAGAGGACGCUGAGGUAGCUCGGUUGCUAUGCAUUUGAUGACAUAAAAGAAUGAUGCAUCAAACUCACGGUUUCUCGAAGCAAACUUGUAGACUCGUUGCUGUCUUAUGUGGGAAAUUUACUGGCAAAAGAAAUGAGGUAAAACGACAGCAUCCAUAUCCCUUUCCUGAGCUUGUUUCAUCAGGUCGCCUUGAGGUUCAUACACUUGUUAAUCCAUCAGUGGAUAGUUUCCGUGAAGCUCAGAAGUCACUGAAGCCGAAUAUCUUGUACUUUCAAGGGUCUCAGCUUGAGAAUGAGGAAGAAAUAGGCACACUUGUUUGGGGGGACCUUGAUGUGUCCAAGCCCGAUAUGUUCAGUGCCCUCGUUGAUCCUCCAUUACCGACAACAGUUUAUCUGGAGGUCCCCAAUGGUGAAAAAAUCGCACAAGCACUACACUCAAAGGGGACUCCAUAUGUGAUAUACUGGAAGAAUGCAGUCUCAUCUUACACAGCUUCUCAUUUCCGCCAGGCAUUGCUGUCUGUUUUACAAAGUUCAUGUAGCCACACAUGGGAUGCUUUCCAACUUGCUCAUGCAUCUUUCCGCUUGUACUGUGUACGAAAUAACUAUGUUCUCCCAGAUAAUGGGCAAAAAGAAAGCAGCAAUCAUGGGCCACAGCUACUGGGAGAUGCUCCUAAAAUAAAUAUUUUUCUUCCAGAUAGAGCUGCAGAGGAGGGUGAAGAAACCUCAUCCGAUUCUCUUCCUGUGACAAAAAUUAAUGAUGGUGAUGUGGAUAUGAGGUUGCUCAUUUGCGGAUUACCUUGCACGCUGGAUGCAUGUUUACUGGGUUCUUUAGAAGACGGCAUUAAUGCCCUUUUAAACAUUGAAAUUCGUGGGAGUAAACUUAAUAAUCGAAUGAGUGUCGCACCUCCUCUUCAAGAUGGGCCACUUUCUGAUGCUGUUGUUACCAUGCGAUGUGAUCUCACAACUUGUAGUUCCACACACACUUCCAUCUUAGUGUCUGAUAGUGUGCAGUCAUUUCUUAAUGAUCAGGUAUUGGAAAACCACAUAAAAAAUGAACUUAUUGAGAAGAGUCAGCUAGUUCAUGCUGUUCCAGAUUGUGACCAAAACAAACCACCUCUGUAUGAGUCUCUGCCUUCAGUUUCUGUUGCUUGUGGGGCUUCUGCAUUUGAAGUCCAGAUGAAGGUUCCAUCUUGGGCUGUUCAGGUUUUGAAACAGCUAGCAUCUGAAGUCUCCUAUCGCAGCUUGGUCACUCUUGGCAUUGCGAGUAUACAGGGUAUUCCAGUUGCUUCUUUUGAGAAAGAAGAUGCUGAUCGCCUUCUUUUCUUAUGGAAUAGACAAGGGAAAGAAAUUAUCUUCCGACACGAAUUGUCUUCUCUGCCUCCUUUGUCUUCAUCUGUUGUUACAAAGAGGUCCAAGACUUUUUCCGAAGCUAAACCUAUUGCCUUUAGCCAAACCAUGAAGGAAAAUGGGAUUUUUCUUAAUGAUGUUGAGGAUGCCAAGAAGGAAGUUGCUUCAUGUGAAGCAAUUCACAUACUCUCAUUUUCUGGUCGGAAAAGAUUGAAGGUUGCUACAAUGAAGCCUGUUCCAUUCUCUCGACAGCGGAUGUUGCCCUUAGGCAUUCAGGAUGAUGUGCCGACUGCAUCUUCCAAAAAGAAUAACACUGUCCGUGUUCCUUUGACACCUAGAACGUCCAUGUCAAGUUCUUUUCGUCCAAAACAGAAGAUUGUACCUCAGAAUCCUCUGCCACUGAAGAAACAUGGAUGUAAUAGAUCUUCGAUUCAAGUUUGCUCUGAAGUAGAGUUUCUUGAGGAUGUUAUGCAGUUUCUGGUCCUUAGAGGACAUAAUCGGCUUGUUCCCCAAGGAGGAAUAUCCAAGUUUCCCGAUGCUGUACUCAACGCAAAGCGCCUGGAUCUGUUCAACUUGUAUAGACAGGUAGUUUCAAGGGGAGGCUUCUAUGUUGGGAAUGGCAUAAACUGGAAAGGCCAGAUUUUCUCAAAGAUGCAAAACUAUACAGCUUCAAAUAAAAUGACUGGUGUUGGAAAUACAUUAAAAAAACAUUAUGAAAUGUAUCUUUUGGAAUAUGAACUAGCACACAAUGAUGUAGACGGAGAAUGUUGCUUGUUGUGUCGCAGUAGUGCUCCUGGUGAUUGGGUGAGCUGUGGCUCCUGCAGCGAAUGGGCUCACCUUGGCUGUGAUCGACGUCAGGGUCUUGCUACUUUUAAGGAUUAUGCAAAGACAGAUGGGUUGGAAUAUAUCUGCCCAAACUGUAGUGUAAAUGACAGGAAGAUGAAGUCCCAGAAGGUGGCGAAGUGAUUUUCCGAUCCCUUAACUCUUCCACGGCACAGAUAUUUUUUUUCCUUUUUUUUCUUGUGCAAGAGGGGAGCCCCAGUUUUAUCAGGGGUUAUAACAUGUAUUAAUUCCUAGUGGUGUUUGCCUAAGGCUAGGAGUCUGAUAUCUAGAUA